UUGGUAACUUCUUCCUCCUCACACUUGCGUCCCUUCAUUGCUUUUGUGCAUUUGCACUUCUACUCCUACUCCUCUUCUUUGUCCACGCUCCUCGGCAUCUCGCUGUUGCCCGGUAGCCUGUCUCCGCUACCCUCUUGCGCAUAGACGUGCAGCUGAGAUUUGGAGGCGCUCAUACUCGGACCUCCUCUUUAGCGCUUGUCCAGGCUGGCAGCUCAAGAGAGGGAGAUCAGGUGCGGCAAGGGGCCCGAGCUGCGUUCCUGAGCUUCUCUUCCAUCCAGACCUGUCUCCUUCUGGCAGAUUGGUCGCACCUUGUGCAGCUUCGGAAGCAGGGCGGUUCCCGGGUCCUUCCCUCGGGCCCCGCCUAGAGCGUACACAGUAUGCCGUCCCCAUUCAAAGCAGGCAAUGGCAAUGCUGCCUUUCUUCCACCUCCUUCCGCUACCAAUCCUUCCGGUAGACCCCUGACCUCAUCAUCUGGUACGAACAACAAGUCGAGUAGUCCCUCCAGACGCUGGCUCUUCAACAAACCAUCAUCUUCCGCCUCGGAGGCUAACUUCUCGGACCUCCGAAAGACGAGCAGCCGCACUAGCAACCCGCGCUCGAUCCUCUCCAGCGAGACCGAUCGACAUAGCGAGAGAGUAGCAGAAGAACCUGCGGCGGUCGCUUUGCCAUCCACUUCCUUCAAGCCUACGGCCUCCUCUACCACAGACGGAUCCGCUCCUGUCGCUUCGUCAUCUUCAGGUCCCCGUGUCAGCUCUGUUCCUGGCGGCCGCACUCUCAGCGGACGCAAGACUGGUUCGCAAAUUGGCAAGAGUUUCGAAACGCUUCUGGCUAGUAAUGAGACUUGGGUUCUAAAGAGCACAACAGCAGAAGAGAGGACAAGUUCUCCUGAAUCUACAACCGCCGCGUCUUCUGAUCUUAGCCCGCAUUCUCCUGCCAGUCCAAUGCCCGGUUUCAGACUGGGGACAUCAUCCGGUCACCGCCCAUGGCGGAGUCCACGGACGGAACCUUUACUACCUGCCUCGUCAGCUUCCCCUCUGCCCCCUUCAGAAGAAGAAGGUGGUCUGGCUCCCCCUCUCUCAACUUAUAGUCUGGCAAGUCUCACCUCACCUCGAGAGGGGGAGGCGGGCGAGACAAGCGCUGGCCCACAGCGCGAAGAGCCUCCUCAAUCGCCCAGUAGCACCAGAUUUGGCACCACUGACGCACAGAGUCAAAUGUCUUCUGCCAUGCCGCCUCCCUCGUCUUCGAAGAACGAAGGUCGCGCCCCAAGCAUGGGCUUUCGCCCCGUUUCACGCUCGAAGUUGAAUAAUGGGACCGAAGCUUCAGCUGAACAGUCUAGCGCUGCACAAGAAGAAGGUGCGCUCAGUAGCAGCGGGCCUUCCUCGGAUCCAAGCGGAGUCAACGUUCAGAGUACGCCUUCCAGCUUCAAGGACCGAUUCAAGAAGACUAGCGGCUUCCUGAAGCGGUUCACGGCCAGGGACUCCAGCAGCAGCAGCAGUAGCACCAGUGAUGAGAAGAAAGUGUACAGCAAGCAGAGCUCAUCGGGCGCCCGACAGAGCACACACUCUCUCCACCAAAGCGCAAUUGUGAAUGACACUGCUUCUCACACGGGCUCCGCGUCCCUUCCGCCUUCACCUUCCUUAGGUCGGUCGAGAGGGGCUCCCACCUUGGACCCACCUCCCUUGCCGGUACCAGCGAUCCCGGCAAAGUAUGCUGAAGGCCGUCCACGAAGUCUCAGUCGAAGUGGCCCAGGGUUCAUCGGUGAAUCUGAGCGGCACACUGCCACCAAGGCAGCUAUACCUCUCGCCGAGACGACCUCUUUGCAAGGCCGGGCGGCAGGGCUGGCGGCACCCAUCAAUCUGUCCUCUGGCGUUCGAUCUGUCUCUGCUCCAGGUGUACCUGUAACAUCAAUGGCGUUUGAGCCGAUCUCGUCUUCGAAGCCGGGGAUCGGAACGAGCAGUGAGGCUGCCUCGAAGAAGGGUGUCACACCGGUCUCCGUCUCUGCAACAGAGCUUCGAUCCACCUUGAAAGCAUGGGAACGUGAGAUGGAUGAUACAUUGAAGGAGAGUGCGCAGGACCUUGAACAGAAGACCAAGAUUUCUGAGAAGACCAGCUGGGGGCCAAGCCCGACUUUACCUAAACUUGAGCUCGGAGCGGACAUGGAUGGUGCACCCGGAGGUGCAGACGGCGCUCUUUCUUCGCUUCUGGGAGAUGAGCAUGCUCAGAACAGGAUCAACGGCACCUCGAGCGCUCCCAGUACCCCGACCAUGCCGACUGCCAAUUUGCAAGCGCCAGGGCCGUCGGCGAAGAAUAUGAGGCCGACCACCUCGUUGGGCGGAUCUGCCGUCAUUGUGGAGGGCAAGCCAGUACAUCGGCCAUGGGAACGCAGUCGCAGCCCCUACCUCUCUCCCGGAGAAGAGGGUUCUUCCCAGUCAGGCGCAACAGAGAUGAACAGCACACUGAGUGCUGAUGGUCACCGUCUCCCUCGCUUGCCAUCUCGCGCCCCACUUGCCCCCGAAGACGCCUCCAAAAGCAGCCCUACUCAGAUCCCCACCGGCCAAGCAGACCACAGGAAGCCACCUCCGAUAUCCACCGCUUCCGAUGGAGCCUCGCUGGCCCUGUUGCCCUCGCCUCCAGCAUCCGCUUCUCGGAGCGAAUCUACUGUCGAGCCUCGUGCUGCUCCUUCUCUACACAGUAACAAGCCUCGAGACUCGGUCAGUGGAGCCAGUAUGGGCACAUUUGAGACUGCAGACGAGACCAGCGAAGCGCCUACACUCAACGUCGGAGCUGAGCAGGCUGCCAAUGGAGUCGAUCCCGCAGAUGUCGAGGACGAUGAUCCGAUCGAGAUUCCUCCAGAAGAGACUAUUCGGCUCAUCACCGAUACUGGUUCCGGACAGCCUACGUCUCCUGAGAUUGUGGAAGACUCAACACUGACAAUCACACGAUCGUGUGAGCCUCAGAUGGAGGCGGAGCCUUCAGGGCAUCAGAUUCGAGAAGCAUCUACCCUUGCACCUCUUCCCUCUGACUUGGCCGGACAUCGGCUCGGAACCUGGACAUCUCCGUCGCCAGGUUCGGAGGUACAAGUAUCCCGAGCUUCCCACAACACAUUGCCCCGAUCUUCCUCGCCAUCAAGGCCCCGCCCUUCUACUAGCCAAAACAGACGCAAUCCCUCCAGCGCCGCAUCUCCGGGUUCUGAACCGGAAGCUGCGCUGGACGAUGCAGCGCAAGAGCAAGCUAAAAAGCUUGCUGAUCGCUGUUGGCAAGAAGACGAGACUUGGAUGGCAAAGGAGAAGAUUGCUGAAUGGUUGGGAGGCCUGGGGACUCUCAAUGAGGCGGCCCGAGACUACUACUUCGAAAACUUCGACUUCACCAAUCUCCGAGUGGAUGCUGCGCUGAGAAUCUUGUGCGAUAAGCUCUUCUUGCGAGCCGAGACUCAGCAGGUUGACCGUAUCCUGGCUGCCUUCAGUAGGCGAUACUGGCUCUGCAACCCUGCUUCUGUCUGUGGGUCAGCCGAUAGCGUUCACGCCGUUGUGUUCUCGCUCCUCUUGCUCAACACCGACUUGCAUGUCGCCGACAUCUCAGAGAGAAUGACAAAGUCGCAGUUCGUCAAAAACACCUUGUCAGCCCUGCGCGAAGCGAGCAGUACAGAUCAAGAGCUGGGCAUGCCGCUCAGCCCUCCCAAGUCUCACAAUAGAGGUGCCGUGUUCGACCCGACUCUGUCACAACAUUCAGAGAUGGAUAGCGAUACCAUGAGCUUCCAGAGCAGGAGUUUCCGACCUGAGCAGAAUGAUUCGUCUUCGCUGGCAGACAGCUCUAGGCCCACACGGAGAGAUAGCAUCAGCUCAUUGACGCCCCAGCACCAGGGCGGUGGCGGUGGCAGCUUCUCAAAGGGGACAUUCUCCCGCAGUAGCCCUGUGCCUGGUACCCACUCGAAGGGUGAUGCCGAUCUUGAAGCAGUUCUCAAGGAGAUGUACAUCGCUGUAAAGAGCGACCGUAUUCGACUGCCAAUGAGCGAGGUAGCUCCACCCGAGCACCUGAAAUCCUUCCCUGGUCGCAAAGGCAGUAGACCCAACCUCGGUCCGCCCUCAGCCUCAUCGAACAGCUCGAAUCGAGUAACGCAGCUCAAAAGAGGCAGUAUUCGAGGUAUGGCGGGUCUCUUGGGGGUCACUUCUGCUAUAAAAAAUGAGGAUCUAGGCUCGCAGAGCUCUUUCGGAUCCCGCUCCGUCAAUGACAGCUGGAUGACUGGAGGAAGUGGGCUAGGUGGAAGUCAAAGCUCCGGAGGGACUUCGAUGACAAGCGCGGGCUCUAUUCCUCAGACCCAUGCUGGUUCUCUAGGCUUUGCCAAUUCUCUCUUGGCCCAAAAUGUCAUCAAAGAAGCUCGAGAGGAAGGGCGAACCAGCGACGAUCUACAAAGGCCAGCUUCGGUUGCUUCCACUGUCGAUGAGCUCACUGACAACGAGCUUGCUCUGAUCGGUGCUCCUUGGGCCAAAGAAGGUGUCCUCUCCCGCAAACAAUACUGGGAAGCUCCACAGAAGCGAGCGAAAGACAAGAAUUGGACGGAGACCUUCGUCGUGGUGUCAAAGGGCAUCCUGUCGAUGUUCAAAUUCGGAGAGAGCUCUUCCUCUGUCGGAGCGAAAGGAGGCGCUUCGUACGGCGGCGGCAACUGGCUUUCUAAUGCAACGAGUCUGGGCGAAUUUACGCUUGCUCAUACACUUGCAAAUUCACUGCCACCGCCCGGAUACAAUCGAGCGCGCCCGCACGUUCUAGCUCUUACCUUGCCUUCGGGAGCCGUCUACUUCUUCCAGGCAGGUACUGAGGAUCUAGUGCAAGAGUGGGUAUCCACCUGCAACUACUGGGCCGCCAGGACCAGUCGGCCUCCCUUGGCCGGCGGAGUCUCGAACAUGGAGUACGGAUGGAACAAGGUGAUGCCCGUCCCUGACGACGAAGAAGAAGAGAGCUACGAAAGCACAGAGCCUGGCGAAUACCUGGCAGACGAUGCAGCUUCGAGUCACGGCGAUACCUCUACCACCACUUGGUCUACGCUCGCCACCCCGCCCGAUGGCAGCAUCUACCGCUCGCUCACGAACAGAAAUGCAGCUGCAACUGCAGACAAUCGAAGCAUCAUGAGCGGACGGUCGGGUCGAUCUAUGGCCUCGAACGUGGCCAACUAUACGAGUUGGCAAGAUGCAGUAACAAAUGGGCUGGGCGGCGACUCGGUCGGCAAAGCGCGCCUCGGCAGUCGUACUCCGAGCAUUGCAUCAGGCUACACCGGUGCAGGCGUUGGGAAUGUUCUGUCUCCACCUUCACAUCGAAGUCGUCCUCCUGCAUCGAUUCGCAGUCUAUCGUCUCUGAAUCCCUCUGGUGCCGCUCGAUCAGCCAAUGACCGGACUCGCAUCAAUGAGUGGAAAGCCCCUGUGGCUCCCAGCAUGCCCAGUGCACUGCGAGAGGAAGAGCAAAUGGAGGCCUGUCUGGCCUACAUCUCCCGUACUGAAGCCGAGCUGACCUCACACAAUGAGCUCCGUCAACCCAUGCUAGCCCUGUACAACCCUCGUGGACCCAAUUACGGCAAAGCUCUUGCAAAUUGGCAACGCAAAUCUAACCACUUGCUAGCGGAAUUGGUCAAGUGGAAGGGAUAUGUAGAGUCUUUGAAUUCUGCACUGAAGUUGAGAAUGCAGAAGAGAGAUGAGAGGGCCAUUGAGACUUCGUUGACUCGUGCGGAUGAAGAAAUGGCAAAGGUGCAGGAGGAAGAAGAGGAAGGACCGAUCCUCGUCUAGGGCAGGGCUGCUGUAGAGGCGAUUUGCGUAGCGGAGCAAGGGAGGAAAGGAGUGGCGAGCGAGUCGUUCUGUAAUUUCCUCUAUCCAUAGCUUGGACUUGAUCUAAUGAUACCUCUGCAUGCUGCUAAGCGCUACUACUAC